UCGUCGAAUCGAAAACAACAUUUUACCUUCCUCAUCAACUACCUAACUUCUUCCAUUGCAAUUUCUGUGUCUGUGUGUUUCAAAUCAAAACAUUUCCAUCAAUUUUCCAAUCAUCGCGAUCAAUCGUCAAUUUAGUUAAUUAAGCAAAAAGAAUAACAAAUAGUGAGAGUGAUAGACCGCUAAAAAGUUGAAGGACUGUGAAGAACACCUUUUUUGGAUACUCUAUUGGAUUUUUUUUCAAUUUGUUCGUGUGGAUUUUUCUGGAGAUUUUGCUGUCUUAACACGAAUCUCUUGCGACAGAUUCUCAGACGUUUUCCUCGACUUAGUCACUAAGGCGGCUCAUUAGAUAGCAGACAAUGGGUGGCUUUGAGCAGAGACCAUGGACACCGACAAAGCGCAGAGGACCAAUUGCUGCUGAACAUUCUAGUCCCGGUCCAGCCCUAGUUCAGCUUCCAACACUCAUCGGAAUUAAGGUUCCUGACUCGAGACGUACAGCUGCACCAGCCUACAGUUUCGGGUCUCGACAUAGGGCUAGAUCGGAAACUUAUGGUCCAGGACCAGCUCAGUAUAACAUCAUUGGUCUUGGCUCUCGAGGCAAAGAUACCCCACCCUCAAUGUCCCUUCAGAGUCGACCACGUGGCAAGAGCUCCUUCCUCACACCAGCUCCAGGAGAGUACAAUGUGGACAAGGCAGAGAAAACAAUCUCAGAGUCAGCACCCAAGUACACAUUUGGCCUAAAGAGUGCCUCUGAGAAACUCAGCCAGACUCCAGCGCCUGGCACGUACUACCCUGAGAAAGUAGCUUUAAAUAAAUCACCCAAGUACAGUUUUGGCAUUAGAGUUGCGCGAAAAGUAGUUAACAUAACGCCAGCUCCGGGAACAUACUGCCCUGAAAAAACUGACAAUAAAAUCAGUCCAAGGUACAGCUUUGGUGUGAAGACAAAUCAUGAAAAGCCCAGUGAUACUCCAGCUCCUGGAACCUAUGAACCGGAAAAGGUCCAGCUAGAUACUACCCCUGCAUAUUCAUUUGGGGUAAAAGUUAAUCGUGAAAAGCCUAGUGAUAUCCCAGCGCCAGGAACCUACUGUCCCGAAAAAGUAAACCUAGACCACACUCCAGCCUAUUCAUUUGGGGUUAAGGUCGAUCAAACUGUGAAGAGCAAUGCUCCUGCUCCUGGAACCUACAAUCCAGAGAAGGUGAAUCUUGAUCAUACCCCAGCCUACUCAUUUGGGGUUAAAGUUAAUCGUGAGAAGCCAAGUGAUACCCCUGCUCCUGGAGCAUACCAACCCGAAAAAGUUAACCUAGACCAUACUCCUUCCUACUCCUUUGGCGCUAAAUGUGAUCAACCCGUAAAAAGUGAUAUUCCUGCACCGGGAACCUAUUCUCCUGAAAAAGUUAAUCUCGACCAUACCCCAGCUUAUUCUUUUGGGGUCAAAGUCGAUCAGAAAAAUAAAAAUUGCACCCCUGCUCCUGGAGCCUACAAUACUGAGAAGGUUAAUCUCGAUCAUACCCCAGCGUAUUCGUUCGGAGUUAGAGUCGAUCAACCUGUUAAAAGCGAUGCCCCAGCUCCUGGGACCUACUGCCCAGAAAAUGUGAAUCUAGACAAUACCCCUUCUUAUUCGUUCGGAGUUAAGGUUGAUCAGAAAAUCAAGAAUUGCACCCCUGCACCUGGAACCUACAAUACUGAGAAGGUCAAUCUAGAUCAUACCCCAGCGUAUUCGUUUGGAGUUAGGGUCGAUCAACCGAUUAAGAGUGAUGCUCCUGCCCCAGGUACUUACAGUCCUGAAAAGGUUAAUCUAGAUCAUACCCCAUCCUAUUCAUUUGGGGUUAAAGUUGAUCAGAAGAUUAAGGAUUGCACCCCAGCUCCUGGGACCUACAAUCCAGAUAAUCCUGAUCACACACCAGCAUACUCAUUCGGGGUUAGGGUUGAUCAACCUGUUAAGAGCGAUGCCCCUGCCCCCGGAACCUACUGUCCCGAGAAAGUCAAUCUCGAUCAUACACCAUCCUACUCCUUUGGCAUGAAAGUCGACCAAAAGAUAAAGAAUUGCACCCCGGCUCCUGGAACUUACAACCCAGAAAAAGUUCAGCUGGACCAUACCCCAGCGUAUUCAUUUGGAGUCAAGGUUGAUCAACCUAUCAAAAAUGAUGCUCCAGCUCCUGGAACCUAUUCCCCGGAAAAGAUUAAUCUAGAUCAUACACCUUCCUAUUCGUUCGGGUCUAAGCAUGAUCAGAAAAUCAAGGACUGCACACCAGCCCCAGGAACCUACAAUCCAGAAAAGGUUAACCUUGACCAUACCCCGGCAUAUUCAUUUGGGGUUAAGGUGGAUCAGGUUGUAAAAAGUGAUGCACCAGCACCUGGAACCUAUUGCCCAGAGAAGGUUAAUCUAGAUCACACUCCUGCUUAUUCAUUCGGUGUUAAGGUUGAUCAGGUUACCAAAAAUUGCAACCCUGCACCUGGAGCCUACAAUACUGAGAAGGUCAAUCUAGAUCAUACCCCAGCGUAUUCGUUCGGAGUUAGAGUUGAUCAACCUAUUAAAAGCGACGCCCCAGCUCCUGGGACCUACUGUCCAGAAAAUGUGAAUCUAGAUCAUACUCCUUCUUAUUCAUUCGGAGUAAAGGUUGAUCAGAAAAUCAAGAAUUGCACCCCAGCUCCUGGAACCUACAAUCCAGAGAAGGUUCAGUUAGAUCAUACUCCAGCUUACUCUUUCGGAGUCAAGGUCGAUCAACCCGUUAAAAGCGAUGCCCCAGCUCCUGGAACUUACUGUCCAGAAAAUGUUAACCUAGAUCAUACCCCUUCCUAUUCGUUCGGUGGUAAAUAUGAUCAAAAAGUUAAGGAAUGUACCCCAGCUCCGGGAGCCUACAAUCCGGAGAAGGUCCAAUUGGACCAUACUCCGGCCUAUUCAUUCGGCAUCAAGGUCACUCAGGAGACAUGUAGUGAUGCACCAGCCCCUGGAACCUAUGCUCCGGAAAAAGCAAUUUUGGACCAUCCUCCAGCUUACUCUUUCGGCAUGAAAGUCAAUCGGGAAAAACCAAGUGAUACCCCAGCUCCAGGAACCUACAAACCCGAAUGUGUUCAGCUCGAUCACUCGCCAGCCUAUUCCUUCGGUGUCAAGGUCAAUCAUGAGAAACCUAGCGAUACUCCCGCACCUGGAUGCUAUAUGCCUGAAAAAGUAGUGCUAGAUCAUACACCCGCUUAUACAUUUGGGCUGAAAGUGAAGCAAGAAAAAUUCAAUGAUUCGCCAGCUCCUGGAACCUACAUGCCUGAGAAAGUCAAUUUAGAUCAUACCCCAUCCUAUACCUUUGGGAUCAAGCACAAUCAGAAUCAGCGCCUUGUUAAUACUGGUCGUGUAAAAUCAUAAGAUAAAAUCCAUGGUUUCAUAAUUCAUUGAAAGAACAUACAAAAAAAAAUUGUUUAAAAACCAAUUGUUAAACUCCGAAAUAUCUCUUUCCUUCCUCAAACUAACCAUCCAGCAUUGGAUUGAUAAAACAAUAUCACAUACAUACAUCAAUUCAAAGGUAUUCUGACUUUGAGUUCUCAUAGUGCCCAUUGAUGAUCACAAAGUGAAGCCAAGAAGUCUGGUCAUUCAUAAACAUUUUAAUAAACAUUUGGUCAUCUUACUAAACCAAAAUCCCUGCAUUGUGUGUUAGCUCCGAAUGUCUAUCGAAUACCCACAAUUUUGGGCAGCAGCAGAGAAGGUGGUAUCCGAUCCGCACCCGCUUUUACCAUUACUGGCCGUCAUAAGGCUCCCGUUCAGCCAACCAUCAGUGUACCCGGACCAGGAUCCUAUGAUGCCAAAUUGGAAUUACUGCAAAGAAAA